AUGUCAAUCUUCAAUACGCAAUUGACACAGGAUGAGAAGAAAACAGCAUUCAUUCGCGAGAAUGCCGGACUGGAACAAGUCCGACAAACACUUGCGGCUGCGAAGGCCAAGUACGAAGGAAAGCAAACAUCUAAAGCUCGCAAAUGGCUUUGCAUCUUCUCUUCCAAGGUCAUGUUCUACUCUUCGGUUCUCGAUGUCCUUGUCCAGCAUCAUCCAGAAUACGUGUCGCUUGUAUGGGGAGCUAUGAGGCUCCUAUUUGCAGGCGUCAUCAACCACGAGGAGACAAUCAGGGAGCUAUCCAAAAGCUUCUCUCAGAUUGCAGAUAUACUGCCGAGAACCGACCUCGCACUCGUCCUCUAUCCGACAGUUUCCAUGAAAGAAACCGUUGCGAUGCUCUACGCACACAUUAUUAAAUUCACAGCGCAUGCCGUUCGCUGGUACAAGCAAGGAAAGCUCGCACAUGCUUGGGCGUCAGUUUCCAAGCCAUGGGCAUUGAGCUUUAAGACUCAUUUUGAGAACAUUGCAGAGAAAGCUGAGCAAAUCGAGGCACUUGGACGCAGCGCCUCCAGAGCAGAGCUUCGGGACGUGCAUGUUGAGAUCCGAGAAACCCGCGACGAACUCAAGAAAGCACGAGAAGAGCUGCAGAAAUUCGAGGAAAAUAUGAAGUUGGAAACUCGACAGCUCAUACAAUUUGCUUUAGCAUCCAAGACUCUGAAUGACCAAAUCAAAGUGGACGUAUCCGAGUCGAAAACCAUGAUCGCCAAUAUCCAGCUUGGACAAAUUUUAGAUAUGUCUUUCGCUACGAACCUUCCAGCCUCCGGUGAAUGCCUCGGAUUUUGCCAAUCCAUGGUCAAAAGAAGCCGAUGCAGGACUCGAAUACUGUUGCCAAACAUUGCACAACUCCAAAGAUGGUCCAGCCACCCUCGAUCCUCGCUUCUGGUGAUCAAGUGUAGUUCUGGACAAGCAGCAAGGGAUUUCCUCGUCCAUCUAGUCGGCGUUAUUCGGGCUAGCGAUUGUCAAGUCCUCUGGGCUUUCCGCUUCGCUGACUACUGGGCGCGGAAUUUGACCAGCAUCGACAUCUUACGGAUGCUCGUCAUUCAAGCGCUGCAAAUCAACCCAAAAUGCCUCACUUCUAGUUUGUACUCGAUCACUAUGACACAUCUCCGCGAAGCUGUCGACGAAAAAGAUUGGCUCAAUCUCCUGAAUCGUGCCGUUGCUGGUCUGUCAUUCGUCUACAUUGUCCUCGAUGCUGAUCUUCUUGGCCACGCUACCGGACAAGAUCGUUACCUCUCCACGAAACUUAUUGAAGCCUUUACAAAGGUUGUGAACUCAACGGUUGUUAAGGUUGUAAUCUCAACUUCGGGCAUUGAUGAGACGUAUGCGGAGAAUAACUGGGAUCCAGACUGCUGGAGUAAGCUCAGAACUGAUGAAGUUGUGGAGCAGCGUACUUUGAGACAUAGAAGAAGACCAAAAGGCCGUGACCAGAGCGGCCGUACGGUCUCGAGAACGUGGUCGAGGUGA